AUGAGCUCUGGUUUGGCACACGUGAAGAAUAUCCCGACAGAAAUCAGCAAAACUAUAAAUAAAGCUUUAAACCCAAAGACGUUCUCUUCCUCCAAUGAAUUGAGUCGGUAUUUGCUGAAAAACGUUUGCGCGCACGCUCCAGGGAGAUUUGUUGUGGUUCCGAAGCCGUAUGGAAUAUCAUGCGUUGGACAUGCACAGUUGAAUGGAGGUAUCUUUAAGAAUACUAUUCAUGACAGUGAGAAACAGGAAAAAUGGAAAAAACUAAUAAAGAAGAAAGAAAAUGAAAUGAACGACAUCACAAUCUCAGAAUGCAUUGGAGAGCUCAGGCAUUUCUUUCGGGAACCAAAGUUAUCUUUUUGUACCGGGCUUAAACGCUAUCUUUCCGGUGCUAUUGUGCUUCCUUGCAAUCAUAAAGAUGAAUCGGUUUUAAUAAAAUCCAUACAACAGAUGAGUUCUCAACCGGAGCCACCAUACAUGUACCGAGCUUUAGCGAUUACGAUUGAUCAGCCAUCCAAAUUCGAAGGUGAAAUGCUGGGAUUUGGCACAUUUCGAAAUGUUGACAAACACAAGGAGUAUAUCUUCGAAGAAAGAAGAGCAAAAAAACGAGCUAAAACCGGAAAAUAUGCUGUCGAAGGUCGAAUGAGAUUCAAAACGCACGGCACCGCAAAUGGAUGCUCAUUAGUAGAGUUUAGCGUUGAUAAAUUUGCUAGACAUUUACCACGAUUAAUGCUCACACAAAUGGGAUCUCCGAUUCUUGGCGAUACGAUUUAUUGGCGAAGAUUGGGAAAUGUCGAUGGCACCCCAACACUGAUCACCGCUGGGCAGAAGGGACACAAAAUUUGGAUUCCCGCAAAUCUUGGUAAAAUUGUUGGUAUCGAGAAUCCCCGAGAAUUGCUCACUUCAUUACCAAUUUUCUGCCAUGUGUAUAAUACGGUUUUCGAAAACGUCGGAGGCCAUGAGAGAGGUUUGAUGGCCGGGUGUAAACCGCCAACUCAUUUUAUGGCAAUGAUGGAGCUUCUUGGAUUAAUGCCAGCUUAUCGAAAUUUUGCACAAUCCGAAGACGAUGAGCAACUCAUCGAUAACGUUGAAGCACGCGGCGAAACUCAUUUUUGA